AUGUUUAAAGUUCAAGGAGGAUCUACCAAUAAUGGUAGUAAUUUAAAUAAUCAACCAAUUCCAAGUUUUGAUUCUAGAAAGAGACAAACUAAGAAAGAUGACGCUAUUAGAAGAAAGAUUGAAAAUGAUUUAAGUAAGAAGAAGAAAUCUGGUACUAAAUCAACUAAACAUAAAAGAGUAAAUCCUGGUACAGUAUAUUCAUUAAAACCAAGUGAUCCAAUUAUUUGUAAACCAACUUCAACAGUUUAUGAAGUAUCACAAUUAAUGUCUGCUAAAAGAGAAAAUUGUGUAUUAGUUGUUAAUGAUAAAGGAGAAUUAUUAGGAAUUUUUACUGCAAAAGAUUUAGCAUUUAGAGUUGUUGGAUCAAAUUUAAAUGCUUCAAUUAUUACAAUUGAUAAAAUUAUGACACCAAAUCCUUUAUGUGCAAAUGCAUCAGCUCCUGCUCUGGAAGCUUUAACUUUAAUGGUUGAAAGAGGUUUUAGACAUUUACCAGUUUUAGAUGAAGAUAAUCUUAUUGUAGGAGUUUUAGAUAUUACAAAAUGUUAUGCUCAACAAAUGGAAAAAUUAGAAAGAAUGCAUGCUUCAUCUAAAAAAUUAUAUGAAGCUUUAGAUUCUGUUCAUUCUGAAAUUGGAGUUACUGAACAACCUUUACAAGUUUUCCAAUAUUUUGAAGAUUUAAGAAAUAAAAUGAAUGGUCCAACUUUAGAAUCAGUAUUAGAUUCUUCAUCUGUUCCAGUUUAUGCUGAUGUUAAAACUACAGUUUAUGAUGCAACUGUUUUAAUGAAAGAAAAUAAAACUACUGCAGUUUUAGUUAAAGAUAGUCAUGAUGAUGUUACUGGUAUUUUUACUUCAAAAGAUGUAGUAUUAAGAGUUAUUGCUGCUGGAUUAAAUCCAAAAAAAUGUUCAAUUGUUAGAGUUAUGACUCCUCAACCUGAUGUUGCAAAAGUUACUUUACCAAUUCAACAAGCUUUAAGACAAAUGUUUGAUGGACAUUAUUUAAAUUUACCAGUAGUUGGUGAACAUCAUGAAAUUAUUGGUAUUGUUGAAGUUUUAAAAUUAACUUAUGCUACAUUAAAUCAAAUUAAAGAAAUUGAAAUUCCUGAUACAACUCCAACUAAACAAACCAUUACUCCUUCUCAAUCAAAUUCUCUUCAAUCAGAAUCUACUGGAGGACAACAACAUCGUGAAGGUCCUGCUUGGAAUAAAUUUUGGAGUUCAUUAGGUCAUGAUGAUACUGAAUCAAUUCAUACUGAUUCUAUUACUGGUAGUAGUGUUCCUGAUGUAACACCAUCUGAAUUUCAAUCAUUUAAUGUGGAUAUUAAACCUUCUGAUUCUAUUUCUCAUAGUGGAUCACCAUCUAAAUCAAGUCAAAGAAUUUCUAAUAGUUCAUCACUUAAAGAAGAUAUUGAUUUACCAUUUACAUUUAAAUUUAAAGCUCCAGCAAUUGAAGGUAGAGUUCAUAGAAUUUCUUUAAAACCAAGUGAAGGUUUAAAGAAAUUAAGAGAUUUAAUUAAUGAUAAAUUAAGUGAUAAAGAUCUUGAAGUUUUAAGAGUUAAAAAAUCUCAUGAAGAAGGUGAUAUUUAUGCUGUAAGUUAUAUUGAUGAUGAAGGUGAUAUAGUUUCAAUUACAUCUGAUAAUGAUUUAGUUGAAUGUGUAACUAUUAAUCAAAAAGUUGAAAAUGAUAAAGCCGAUUUAUUCCUUCAUAAUCCUCAUGAACAUGCACCAGUUGAUGAUAUUAAACGUCUUCCAAGUGAAAGAAAUUCUAAAUCCAAAUUAAAAUCAAAAUCUUCGUCAGAGGACACUACCAUAAUUAGUGGAGUCCCAAAUGCAGUACUUAUUCCAGGAGCUAUUGCUUUCUUAGCUUCUUCAAUUAUAGUUGGUGUUACAUUAAGUAGACACAGGUGA